UAAAAAGAAGAGACAGGUAAAAAACUUCAGAUGGUGUCUAAUAAAAACUUCUACAUAAGAAACUUAAAAGGAAUAUGUGUCUUUUUGCUCACAUUGGGGGCACAUAUAUGCAUGUUCUUUUACUGCUCACUAAUGUCUGCUUGCAUGUAGUGCAUGAUUAAAUGAGCCAAACUGGGGUCCAUUUCCCCCCCAAACAAAAGCACAUCAGAUGGCUGCCCUGCAGACUUUGUUCUCAUUCCCAUUUGAUAUUUCUGUCCUUUGUUAUAACUUACAAAAUUAUAUCUCUGUAGGUGGGGAUCUAACAACAGAGAGAGAGAGAGAGAGAGAGAGAGAGAGAGAGAGAGAGAAUGAAACCUCUGCUGGAAACUGUCUAGACAGUCUGAUCUCACCAUCAUUUCUACUGAAGCAAACUAACUUUUUCUUCUCCCUUCUGUGGGGAACUUCCCAGCCCCUGGACCCCACUUUGGGAACCCCGGAACCAGACUCUACCCUCCUGUCUGAUGCCCGUCUCUCUCUCUCUCUCUCUCGCCGUCUUUCCCUCUCUUAAGUGGGUGGUCCGGUGAGCCUUUCGGGGCGGGGUCCUCUUGUUUCAACCCUCCUACCCUCUUUCUUUCUUGAAACAUGCUUUAAUAGAGAAAGUAUGCAAUGCAUACUGCUCAGCUACAACCCCCAAUUAUACUGCAACUGGGGUAUUCGUGACUGGACGUCUGGGGGGAUCACACAGAUUUCCGAUUAGAGGAGGAGGAGAGAGAGAGAGGGGGGAAGAGAGAGAAAGAAAGAGAGAGAGUUUACCCUUUCAUUCCAACCAAUGAGACGGUCGAUACACUAAGAUUUUCAUAGUUGUGCAGGGGCACAAAGUGAGCUGACUGUGUGAACUUCCAGGUAAAACGGCAAAACCGACCCAAGCAGGUGGACAGACGCAGGCAUGAGUAACAGUGGGACCAAAGAGCCGUCUCCCCAGCCGAGCACCGCCCAGUCACCUCCUGAGCCCCAGCGCAGGGGUAGGGGUCGGCCACGGAAACAGCAGCAGGAGCCUGUAGGACCACCGACUCCAAAGCGACCGAGAGGACGACCGAAAGGCAGCAAGAACAAGGGCCCCAGAACUGCACUGAAGAAAGUAGAGCCCGUUGGGGAGAGACGACCACGUGGGCGACCGAGGAAAUGGCCCCAGAAAGUAGUUCAAGAAGUAACUGAAGAGCAGCAGGGCCCUUCACAAGAGGCUGAGGAGGGUCCCUCGCAGCUCAUGCCCUCAUCAGCUCAGGCUCCAGCGCAGGAGGAAGGGGAGUAGAUAGGAUGCCUCUCUACCUACCUCAAGGUUUGGCCUCAAACAAACAGGGGUACAGUCUGACUCCUAUCUGUGAUGAGGAUUCAGGAAUGAACACACACACAAACACACACACACAAACACACACACACACAAACACAAAAUCAUUGAAGACGGCGGUUUCUUCUCCUGAUCCGAUACUGUACCCUGGUUUUGUUGGUUCACUAUAAGAGUUUGGUGAACAAGCUCUAUUUUAACGUUGAAUAAUUUGGAUAUGUUUUUUUUUUUUAAAGGGAAUAGUUUGACAUUUUGGAUAAAUACUUUACUGCUGAGAGUUAGAUGAGAAUAAUGAUGCCGCUCUCAUGUCUGUUAUCCUACUGCCUGCAGCAACUGAUUCGCUUAGCUUAGCACAUAGACUGGAAACGGAGGGAAACGGCUAGCCUGGCUUUAUGCAAAGGUAUCAAAAUCUACCUAUCAGCAUCUCUAAUGCUCACCAAUUAACAUGUCAUAUCUAAAUAUCUUUAAUUUGUACACAAACCAAAGUGUAAAAAAUAACAGUUUUAGUUUUUACAGGAGUUAUGUGCCUUUAAGUUUUAGUGGUGUUCGGCAGUUUUCUUACCUUCUGAGCUGAGCUAACUGUCUUUAUGCUAAGCUAAACUAAGUGUUUUUCAUAUCAAUUUUCUCAUCUAACUCAAGGUAAGAAAGCCAAGAAGUGUAUUUCACAAAAUGUCAAUUCAUAUAAGGGGUGUGUGUGUGUGUGUGUGUGUGUGUGUGUGUGUGUGUGUGUGUGUGUGUGUGUGUGUGUGUGUGUGUGUGUGUGUGUGUGUGUGUGUGUGUGUGUGUGUGUGUGUGUGUGUGUGUAGGGGUUGUGGGCUCAAAUGAGAGGGGGGGAUUUUAAGAAAAAAGGAACCAAACUAAACCGUUUUAUUGAAACAUGUUUCUAAAUCAAGCGUCAUGAAUCCUCAAAUGAAAUGGGAGCAAGACGGUGACAUUUUUAUCAAUGUUAACAAUGUAAACAUGGUGUGCUGAAGUCAUUAUUAUGAAAGUAGAGGUGAAAGGUUUUUAUUCCAAAAUGAAAUAUCCAAUGUGGGAGGAGAGAAAUGUGUUAUGUUCUUUGCUCAAAAUAAAACAUUCAUAGGAUUACAUAGCUUAAAUGCCAACGUAAGCAAGCGUACAGAUUAAUAACCUCAGUGAAAUCCUUUUAUUUUCCUUCCACCCAGCAGGAAAAAAAAGCACCCAAAGGUUUAAAUGGACAUCUCAUUUUGGAAAGAAAGCCUUCAUAUAUACUUUCAGUCAACAACAGUGUUGACGUGUCAUUUUACCACACUCAGGAUUUUACUAUUACAGUGCUUUUACACCAUAUUGAAACCUCAGGUACAAAACUAUUCAGGAACAUGUUGUCAGUCUACUCAGUGAUAAUUAUUGUGCUGUGUUUGUUGUGCACUUCUGACCUGUAUUUGACAUUACCAGUAUGCCUUGACACAAAGACCUCAUUUAAGCCUCAGUUGUCCUCAGUUUCUUAAUCUCUCAUUCUACCUCAGUAACACAAAAGACAGAUGUUCUCCAACAAAGUUAUUCUCGCACACCCAUAGCAGCAAUGACAGACACAUUUACUGUGCGCGCGCACACACACACACACACACACACACACACACACACACACACACAGAGACAGGUUCAUGUGCAGAUAUACAACUCAGACAGGCAAAGGGUUUACAUACCAACACACAGAAACAGACGGUACAGUCCAGCAGAGGAUUUUACUAUCGGUGUACAAAUAAAAGCAUCAGUGUCAUUUCUUUUUUUUAAAAACUGUAUUUGUUAAAAGCUGAAGUGAGACUUUGUUUGUUCUCCUGGGAAAUAAAAUGCAGCCAAUAGUUUACAACAACUUGAUUAAAUACUUGCUUUUUAGGGUGUAGUUCCUUAUGAAAUACUUGUUUUUUUUGGGUCGCUUACUUCUUUCUCAUUUUUUACUACAUCAUGUAUUUUCUGAUUCUUACACUGUAAAUUGUAUAUGUGACACUUUUAAUUCAUGUGAUUUGAAAGGAAAGGCAGCAAACAACCAUACAGUGCUGAAACACAUGACAGUUCUGGAAAACAACAAAACAAGCAUCCCCUUUUCCUAUUUGGCUAUUAAAAGUGAAGCUAUAACUUUUGGUGAAACAGAAGCACAAGUACAAAGGAGUUAUAAAGUCAGCAAACAAACUGACUUAACAUUUUUUAUUAAGUGACUUCUAUCUGAAGUUUGCUAACAUUAGCUACCGUAUGUUACUGCUCAUACAGAACCAGACCAAGUGAGACUGCAGCAGGAAACCCCCCAAUUGUAUUGAAUUGAGGGUGUGUUUUACUGUUCAUUAAUUAUACUUUUUAAUUUGGGUUCUUUGCUCAAAAGUCAGAGUCUUGCUUUAAAGGGUCCGUUCACCCAAAUAACAAAAAGAGUCAGACUCUCAGUUACCUCUAGUGCUAUCCAGCCAUGCAGAUCGUUUUGGUUUUAUUCUGCCUGGUUUUAAGAUAUCUGCUUCUGAUACGUCUGUGGCGCCUCAAUACAAUGAAUGGAAUUUUGUUUGUGGUCUCACUAUUGUGUUCAUGGUGUUGAAAAGAGAAACAAAAAUAUCUACAUGAUUAGAUACCACUGGAGGUCAAGUGUAAAAAUGUGUGUGUAAUUUGGUAGAACUGAUGCUUUAUGGUAAACUCAUUAUUUUUAAAAAGUAGUACAUUGAAUCAGUAAUAACUUACCAUAACAACUAGUCAUAUAAAUGUAGAAUAAUAUUAGUAUUUUGGAGGACCGGGGAUGUCUUUAUCCUCAUGGAGAUAAUCUUAUACCAAAUUCUUUAUUUUUAAAAAUCAAAAUCAGAGGUAAAGAGAUUUCCAGCCUCCAAUAGGUUUUUGAGACCUUGUUGGUCAGGAUUUCUGCACUUAAACUGACUAACUGUUGCAAAUACUUAAAUUUCCUAAGAUUCUGCCCCUGUGUCAUCAUGCAUGGCUGACAUUUCCAACAUGAACUACGUAUCACUUAACAGUUGUUGAGGUGACUUGAAUAUCACCCACCAUUUACUGUAUAUCAACUUGUUUCUCCCACUUAAAUUGUGCUUAUUUUUUGUUGUAUCCCAAUAGUUUGAUGUAUUUCAGCAUUGUUGAAUAAAUUGCUGCCAGAGGAGCUUAAUUCA